AUGGCAGAGGCACUUGGAAUCGUCGGAAGUGUCAUUGGCAUCAUCCAAAUCACAGCGACAGUCGCGCUUCGACUGAAUUCCCUCGUCCAAGGCAUUCGCGAUGCCCCAGAUGACAUCCUCCAUCUCCAAGAUGACGUUGCCAACCUUGCCGCCGUUCUAGACACGACGCAUGAGCUGUCGGAGCAAUACCAACAUGUCGAAGCCCCAUCCUUAACGAGAGCGUUAAAGGGGCAACUGGGGACCUGCGAAAAGUCUAUGCAGGAUAUUCGGACUUUCCUGAAUCCCCUCGUCCAGAAGGCAUCGGGAGGAAAGAAAUUUCUUAAAAUGAUUGAGUGGAAUAUAAAGAAGAGUGAGCUCCGUGACUUGCGAGGAAGACUCAGUGAAGGGAAAGCUGGCUUAAACUUGACCAUAACCAGUUUGCAUGGGUACCUCGAGGGGAAGAAGCUUGACGAAAUCAAGUCCGACAUAGGCCAGCUCUAUGAGAAAAUCAUGUCUGACUUCAAAGAUAUCGUUCGGGGAGAAGAGUUCCGAAAACAAAUCGAGAAGGAUGUCGACAAUGACUCGGUCAGAGAUGGCCAGAGUGAUGCUGGUUUCGUGAUGAGGAACUUUAUGGAUCAGACACCUGGUAUCGACUACCCUGAUCAAGGAGCCGGUGCCUCUAGCAAUUCCGAUACCCUAGCAGGCGGCGAUGAUCUAUUCAACAUGGACAACCCCGAAGCCAUGCUCGAUGCCGUUCGCAGUCAAAACAAACAAUAUGUCCGUGCCCUCAUUUCUAGGGGCGUAGGGCUCACGGGUAGGUCAAAGCAAGGAUUCACAGUCCUUCACUACUGUGCCUUUGACAACGAUGUGGCCAUGGGACAACUCCUCAUCAAGAAUGGAGCUCAGAUCAACACCAAAGAUUUCCACUUGCGAAGUCCACUGCGACUUGCUCUGUCAUUGCCUUCUUAUGAGUUUGCCGAGUUACUUGUCGACAGUGGGUGUGAUAUCGGUGAUUCUGUGGAGGAGCUGAGGCGACUACUAUCCAGAGAUGGGGAAAUACCAGGUCGAACUAGCCUCUUUCAAGCUCUUUCCAGGACACUCAAGCCGUCAGAUCAAUCCUCUUUUCUACAUCCAGCAAUUCGAUCCGGGGAUAUAAAAAGCCUCAAGGUUCUGUUCGAGUCGGGAUUUGACCCGAAGUUCAAGGAUGAAACCGGACUAUCACUCUUCUUUUAUGCCUUGAUACAGGAGAACAUCUCUUCUCUGCGGUUUCUUUCCGAACACGGCGCAAAUCUAAACGAAUGGCUUCCUGUAAGCACGAUAACGAAACUGGGCCCCAGCUUGCCAAGGCAACAAGAAAUACAGAAAACGUUAACUCGAGGGGCCACUCCGUUGCAUCUAACCGCGAGAGUCAUGAAUGAUGCCAAGAUGAUCAAGUUGCUAUUGGAACUUGGAGCCGAUCCGAAUCACGUCCUUGGCACCGCUAAUCGUAGGUACACCAACGUGGAGCUUCCAGCAGUCACUGACUUUCCCAAAGGUGAAAUCGUAUUAAUCGGUGUUUGUGCCAAUCACUUCCUUGAGGUGGCCAGAGAGCUUCUCAAAGCAGGUGCCAACCCGAACCAUGCCAGCAAUGACGGCCGAAACGCAAUGUACUGGGCAUUAUACUGUGGCAAUGUGGAACUAUUCAAGUUACUUAUCGAACACGGUGGCGAUGUAAACUAUCGCUGGCAACACGAUGAGUGCACACUUGUCAUGAUGGCUGCUGAGAGGGGAAACAUGGACAUUCUUCGAGUUCUCGUAGACGCGGGGGCCGAUGUAGAGGGGCAAAACAAGAAUGGAGAGACUGCGUUGCAUCUUGCACAACAGAAGAACAAGAAGCAGGCGGUAGAAUUUUUGCAAAAGGCUGCUCAUCACGGGGCAGGAAGGACUAGUUGCAGCCCGGCCCUUGAUGGGUCAACUAAGCCCGAAGAUCGAACAGUGGCUACAGUCAAUCUCGAAAGGCUGUUGACAAAAACUUCAGUCUGUAACUGCCUCAACCUGGUCAACAGUACCUACCCAGUCGCUAUGUGUUGUAUUUCUUUCAUCUAUCUUCAUGCGUAUAUGAGUUAG